UAGACGAGAGGACCGCACACAAACUUGAAGCAGACUUGAGAAGAACCGAGAAACAAUGAAGUCCUUCAUUGGGAGUUUGGUAUAUUGCCUUUCUCUUCUGCUGGUCAAUCUCUGUGAAUCCUAUGACUUAACAACCCAUAACAACCCAUCCCAAAUUUUAGCACAAAGUUAUGCACAAAGAAGAAAUAAUGCGCUUCAACACCGGACGCUGAACCCAGCAGCAACAGAUUCACAAUGUAGGAGCCGCCCACUGGACCUGGUCUUCAUCAUUGACAGUUCACGUAGCGUGCGUCCAGGUGAGUUUGAGAAGGUCAAGAUCUUCCUGGCUGACAUGGUGGACACUCUUGACGUUGGCCCCGAUGCCACACGUGUCGCCGUGGUAAACUAUGCCAGCACGGUCAAAAUUGAGUUCCUGCUGAAGAACCAUCUUACGAAGGACUCUAUAAAACAAGCCAUCAACCGCAUCGAACCCCUCGCCUCGGGAACCAUGACUGGUAUGGCCAUCAAGAAAGCCAUGGAUGAAGCCUUCACUGAAAAGUCAGGAGCGCGACCUAAAUCGAAGAACAUCUCAAAGGUUGCCAUAAUUGUCACUGACGGACGUCCUCAAGACCAAGUCGAGGAGGUGUCGUCUGCAGCACGAGCUUCGGGGAUUGAGAUUUACGCAGUCGGAGUGGACAGGGCUGACAAGCAGUCAUUGAAGCUCAUGGCAAGCAAUCCACUUGAGGACCAUGUGUUCUACGUGGAGACCUACGGUGUCAUUGAGAAGCUCACUUCAAAGUUCCGGGAGACAUUGUGUGAUAUAGAUACCUGUGAAAUAGGACACAGCUGUCAACACAUUUGUGUGAGCAGUGGCCACUCGUAUCACUGCAAAUGCCGCUCAGGCUUUGUCUUGAACGAUGACAUGCGAACAUGCUCCAUUAGAGGCGCUGGCGCUUACGCACAUGGUGACAGUGUACACAAGGGUGACCGAAACAAAAAGAAUGAAGGCAACCAAAAUGGUAAAGGUAGUGCUAGUGUGGAUUCCUGUGCGUUGGGCCACGACUGCCAAUACACAUGCAUCUCCAGCGAUUCCUCUUAUUACUGCUCGUGUCCUCCUGGCUUUGUCUUGAUGCAGGAUAAGAAAUCAUGUUUUCAAGCCAGUGACGCUGAUCGAGAUGGUAGUGCCAGUCUGGACUACUGUGCGCUGGGUCAUGAAUGUGAACACAUUUGCAUAAACGAAGAUGCUUCCUAUCACUGUGAGUGCCACCGGGGUUUUGUGUUGCAAGAAGACAAGAAAAAAUGUUACAAAAAACAGGUGAAGGUGGAGAUCGUUCAGGACCCCUGCAUGUGUGAGGCCCGACUGGCCUUCCAGAGGCAGACACAAACCUCCCUACAGGACCUCAACGCCAAACUUGCUGCUGUCACAAGAAAGGUUGAGCAAAUGGAAAACAUGCUGGGACGCAUGUAACAGAGCAGUUCUUGGCUCGACAUGUUCUGUGAACUUCAUCACGGGCCACGCUGAUCACAUGAAUGGCUAGAAACUGGAUCACAGUGUCUGAUGUUCAGAGGAUGUGUCUUAAACCACCCCCCCCCCCCCAAAAAAAAAGAAUAUUAACCAUAUUCAAAUAGAAACUAAUAUUAAUAAGAGAUUGAACUAUGCAUGAAGUUCUGGAAUGUAUGCAUAAUGAUGUUCUUUUGCUCCCCAGAAAUGGUCAAAAGAAAUCUCUUCAUUUAAAUAGACUAAAUUAUACCAAGUAUUGUAACCAAUUUUACUAAGGAUCAUUAUCAAAUGUGUAUUUUUUAUUGCUUAUGUUCAAGUCAAAGAGGGAAUGUUCAUAUUUUUAUUGUUUAAUCUUGUGUAGACUCUCGUGAAUACAAGACAUGGUAGUCUACAAUAUUUAUAA